GGCUGCCAUGCGGGGCGCGGGGCCCUCGUGCGCGGCGGCGGCCGGCCUGCUGGGGGCGCUGGCCGCCUGCUCCGCCAAGCUGGCUCUGGGCGCCGAGUAUCUGCGAGAGGUCUGCGUGGCGGCCGCCCGGAGAGCCGAGGCGGCCGCUGGCCCCUGCGCCUGGUUACAUGUGCUGCUCCAAGUUGGAUGUGUUGGCCUGGUAUUUGCCUGCAAUGCAGUCAUGUGGACUUCCUUUGCAAAAGCCCUCCGGUAUUCCUCUUCCUCAGCUACUGCCACUGUGACAACAACAGCUUCCAACUUCCUCUCUUCUGCCUUCCUUGGCAAGCUGCUGUUUGGAGAGACCCACACGCUUUUGUGGUGGGCAGGGAUCACCAUGACACUCUGUGGACUUCUGCUGCUGCACACAGCUCCAUCUCAAUCAGAACAAAUACAGUCUGAAAAGAAGGACAAAUAGACAUUAGCAGGGCGCAGUGUUAGCUGAGGUAACACGUAAAGAACAGUCUCAUGACAAAAUCAGCCUCCAGGCUUCUUUCUUGUAAGUGGAUGUCUGACUGGCAAAUUGAAUGAUUCUGCACCUUAGGUUACGUUAUCUGUUAAUAGCCAAAGGACUGACAGCAGGAAUGGAUUACAAAAUUUACACUUUGCAGUGAAGUAUAUGGGUAUACUGACCUGUGAGGUGCCUGGCAUACUUCUGCAUUCUGGGUAAAUAAUAAUGUUCUGCACUAUUGGCAGGUGAAUGUGGAGUCAAAUGGACACUGCUUUCUCCAAACCAAAUAAUGAAGCAAUUACUGUUGCAUCUUAAAUGAGGCAAAGCUGUGAUACUGCCUUUCAGACUUACUGAGCUAAAUUCUUCUGUUUAUGCCCAGGUAACUUCUCUGAAGCGUGACUGUACUUUAAAAGGCCAUUUUGCUAAGACACUGUGGUGAUGCAAAAGAGCCAUUGAAUUCCCCUGGUGAAUUCUUUCCUCUUCCAGGGUGGAAUUGUUCCCCUACUCCUAAAAGUUCCAGACAGUUGGCCUUCUACCGCGGCCAUGGGGAAUUAUUCUACAGAAUGUAUUUAACCAAAACUAUGUAAAUCUGGCCCCUGACAUUUAACCUAAGCACUACUUUUCUUGAUUGCAUUCUAGGAGGCCUCAUUCAACCUAUGCACCACCCUUACAAGUUCCUCUCCUUAUUAAGGAAAAUGUAUGGGCUGUUGUAAUGUGUCUGGCCUUUCAUCCUUGAUCAGCCAAAUUAAUUCUUUCCUAGUAAAUAAAUUGCACUAGAUACCAGAUCAGUUUGCUUGUUUAAUUCUCUUGUUAUGUCAGUACUGGUCUAGGUACAGUGUUACCAGUGUUACGUUACGGACCAUGACAGUUUUCUUUCCUGUGACCACAGAACUGUUCUAUUUUUGGAUAAAAAAUCAGGUGCAACAUUGAUGUCCAGGUACAUUUUCUAAGGUUUGACACUGCUUUCACAGAGGUUUAUAGAGGGGUCACCAAAGAAUUUUGGAAAAAAAAGGCAAGGGAAUGAAAUGGAGAAAUGUGGAAUCCUAAGUAUUUCAGUAAAUGUUUUUGUACUGAAAUGGGCAGAGCUUAACAACUAGUUAAUUUAUUGUCUGUCCUUUCUACAAGUAAGAGAGAGAGUCUUCAGCGUCCGACCCAAAUCCAUUGCAAAGACUUUGUUGAAUGUAUGUUAAAUUGACACUACAUUCAACCUUUGGCAGAUGCUCUGGGCAAAAAUUCUCUUAUUUACAAGUAAAUGUAAACUCUGAAUUGUAUAGCUACUCUAAAUUCUCACCACUAUUUCUGACAGGUUGCUCUAUCGCUUUAGUUUUAAAUAGAUUCGUAGACUCUGAGGGCCAGAAGGGACCAUUGUGGUCAUCGAGUCUCAUCUUUUGGAUGAAGUCUGUAACAUUUUUCCCUGAAGCUGGAUUAGAGCAGGUCCUUUAGAAAGAUUUCUAAUCUCGUCUUGAAGACCCCAAGCAAUGAUGACCCCAAGCUCUGCUGGUAAACUAUUCCAUUCUAAUGUUCCCUCACAGCUUGGGGAAAUGGCAUCUUAUUAUAGCAUUCCUUUUGUUCCUUUGUUUUAAAAAAGCCUUCUUACCAUCUUUUAUGUCAAGGAAAAGGUGGCCAUUGUUAUUUCAUCAAUUACUUUGUUUUUUCAUAUUACUUACCUAGAUUUUUUUUUUAAUGUGUAGCAUUUACUACAUUUAACUCUUUAGCAUCCCCAUCUCCCAUUCUUUCAAUAAAUUUUUUUCUGUUCCAUUGCUACUUUUACAUAUCCUUUUAAGCAGGAUGGAUUUUUGAGCAAUAUAAUUGUUUUUGUAUUUGUAAAAUCAUGAUAUUUUGAGGGAUUCAAGAGAAUGUCCUUGAAAAUUUUCCAGUUUUCUUUAAUGCUUUCACUUUAAAUGUAAUGUCUGCAGUUAGUUAUGCUGACAGUUGCUUUGAGCUUUAGGACAUUAGCCCUUUUAAAAUUCAAAGUAUAGAUAUCACUGCAUGGUGCCAUUUUGUGUUUGCACUAAGAAAAUGUAACCACAUCAUAAUCACUGCUACCUAGGCAACUGCUAAUUUCUAGGUCAGUGAAUAACUCUUCCUUGUCAGAAUGAAGUCCAGUGUGUAUAGGUUCCAUGUACAUAUAUUACUACUGUAGAAAGUGUAAUUAUAAAGACAUGUGGAUUAUUUUUUCCUUUGUAUUUUGCUAAGGUAUAUUUAACAAUAAUCCUAAUUCAGAGAAAUGAUCAUUUUAAAUUAUAUAAAGAUUUGCAUUUCUGUUC